AUGAGAGUUUCGCCCCGCGCCCCCCGGACGGCGGCGGACCCCGGCCCUCCCGGAUGCCGCGGCCGCGGCCCGCGCCCUCCCCCCGCGCCCCGCGGAUGGGCGCGGCCCCCUCGGGAGCGGACCCCGCCCCCUGGCCCCGGACAGGCCCUCACCCGCGAUACCCACCCGGGUCCCGCCGCGGGGGCCGGACUCACGCCGGUUCCAGGAUCCGCUGCCGCCGCCGCCGCCUCCGCUGCAGCCCCGGAGGCUCCGCGGGGCGGGGACGCGCAGGGAGGCUCGGCCUCGGCUCCGCCCCCAGCCCCGCCCCCGGGACACGCCCCGCCUCUGCUCCCUCCAAACCCCGCCCCCGAUCUGCCAGAGCUCCGCCCGCAGUCCGACCGGACCCGCCCAGCUCCGCCCUGGCCCCGCCCCGACUCCGCCCCCUGCCGGCGGGCCCGAGAACUCCAGCUUCAGCGGGGCUUCAGGUCCCUGGGCGGCCUCACCCAGCACGGCAGCCCACGCGCCGCGAGGGGCCACGGGGCCGCUCGCCAGAGCCUGCAGGGGGUCCCGGAUCCUCGAGCCCGCACCAGGCCUUCUGCCCCCGGCUCCCGGGGGUCCCGGUGCCAGGUUGGGCGCAUGUUGACUUCGCUGUCGCCCUCUGGACAGAGUCCCAGCCUGGCGGAGCAAGGACGCAUUUGUGCUUCAGUGUGUCCCACACCUGCGUGUCUACACACCUGA